AUGUCGCCGCCGUCGGGCACCCUCGCGCUGGUCGUCGCCCUCGCGCUCAUCUCAGGCUUCGCCGACGUGAUCACUUGGGUUCGUUUCGAGAGCUUCGCUGGCCUGCAGACGGGUAACAUGAUCUUCAUUGGCGAGGCCAUCUUCGUGCAGUCGCUGCCGGGUGCUUUCGCCACAAUCUCUUACAAGCUGGCGAUGAUCGCCUCGCACUUUUUUGGCGUCUUCCUGUUCUGCGCCCUCGCCCAUGGGGGGAAGUAA